AUGGCCACAAUAGUUGAAUACUGUAAAGUCAUCCACCGUGGGGCAUUUGCGUCCUUGUCUAGCUUCUACGGCGCACUGGACUCUAUUCUCUUCCUGACUUUUUGCCUGCGCGAAAACAGCAGCUCUCCAUCCGACUCGAUCCCAUGCAACCACAUCCCAGUUCGCAGCAUUGAUAGAAAAUUCCAUCAUGGACAUUUUACACUGGUCCUUGAAGCGAAGGUUGAGUCGUCCAGCGUUACACGUACCAUCAUACAGCUUCCUAUAGAGUAUCUAUUUGGAAUCCUUUUUACAUUAAAUAUAUUUUCUUUUUUUCUUUCAUUCCUUUAUUCUCUUUCUUUUUUAAGCAUUUACUGUUUCCAUCUCUUCCAGAUAUUCUUCGUUCUCUUUUUCUUUUCCCUUUCUUCUUCAUUUUGUUAUAUCUUUGUCAUUUUCUUUUUUCUUUCAUUCCUUUAUUCUCUUUCUUUAAGUAUUUUCUGUUCUCAUCUCCUCCAGAUAUUCGUCGUUCUCUUUUCUUUUAUUCUUGAUUUUCUUCUUUCUUUCUCUUUUUCUUUUUUCUUUCAUUCCUUUAUUCUCGUUCAUUCUGUAAGCAUUUUCUGUUCUCAUCUCUUCCAGAUAUUCUUCGUUUUCUUUUUCUUUUCCUUCUUGAUUUUCUUCUUAUUGUUCUCUUUUUCUUUUUUCUCUUUUUCUUUUUUCUUUUUUUUAAUUUAUUUUCCUUUCAUUUCCUUCUGUCCCUAUCUUUUGCUGGACUCAAACAUAACUUUUUUCUUCAUACUUUCUAUAUAA